UACAUUUCAACAGCUUUAUUAUAACUAAAGUUGUACAAUGUACAUUACAUUGUACAUUAUCAAGUACAUUAAGAAUUAAAUCAUACAAGAGAAAAGAUGGUAAAAGUGUUGGGGAAAACAACUGAUAUGCAACAGAGGAUAAUUAAAUGGUAAUGUUAUUUCUGCAUUUAUCAACUGAGAACAAAGACACAAUUACAGAGAUGACAAGAUCUGUAGAACAAGUAGUAUUGAAAAUUAUAACAUUUUGUCAGUUGACCCAUUUUAUAGCUUUAUUUGAACAUACAUGCAGCAUAUAUAUAUGACAUAAUUGUAUUAUAGAUUUAUAAUUCAUAUUUUGCUUAUGUAGGCUAUAUGGUAAACUGAAGUAUGCAACAUGUUCUCAUGUUUAUUCUUUGCACGCAUGGCUAGUUCUCUUCAGAUGACGUAACAGCUUAUAAAACACGAAAUCUGUGCACAAAACAAGCUUUUUUCUCUCUCUCUCUCUCUCUCUCUCUCUCUCUCUCUCUCUCUCUCUCGAUAAAUUACAAUUGAAAAACCAACAGCAAAGAAUCCAAAAUGUCCGCCUUAAUAAUGUGCAUUGGUGCGCUCACCUGUGUGCCCUCUGUUCCCCUAACGGGGUCGCGCGGUAUUGCAUGUGCACUCUGUCGCCGCGAGGAGGCGCUCAGACAAAGCAGCACGAGCGGCGGCUGCAGGCCGAAAACAUUGAAAGCAAAUACAGCACAGGCCGCUCUUAGCAAGCGGACCCCCACAAAACACCCACUGACCGGACCGGGCCAUGGCGGCGGAACCGUGCUCGCAAACUGAAGCCGGUGGGCAGCACGCUGUGUUUUUCCUGUCUCUUUGUCUCCAUGAAUACUUUAUGCCCUGUUUUAGCAUUAGCCUUUGAUGCUAAGCUAGGCUAAGCUAACGUCUGGUGUUGUGUGUCUCACUCUCUCUGCAGAGCUGUAUUACCUGAUUGCCAGAUUCUUGCAGUCUGGACCAUGUCAGAAAUCUGCCCAGGUGAGAGUCAGAGUGAGUUUUCAGUGACGAUGUAUUGCGGAAGAGUGUUUUGCGGUGUGUGUAACGCGCGAUGCCUCUGUGUGUUUGUGCAGAUGCUGCUGCGGGAGAUGCACGAAUAUGAGGUGAGUUUUAUCCCUCUUCUUUCUGCCUGACCCGCUAUUUCUCUUCCAAAUCCCAACAUAUGCAUCUCCUCCUCAUCCCGACGCUAAUGGGACAUGCAGAUGCGUGUCUAAAUCCCGUUUGUGAUGUGUUUUCUUCCCGCUAUGUGUGCAGAUCAUCCCGAAGCGCUGGAGCUGGGACGAAAAGCAAUAUAAACGAAGCUUUGAGGAUUGGGUGAGAUUAAAUAAACUCUCACUCACAUGUGAAAUUCAGCGCAAAACUCUCACAGGUGUUGUUAAAUCGGCACAUACCUGCGGAUUACCUCUUGCGUGUGUGUGAGAAGAUCGGCCCAUUAGUAGAUAAAAACAUUCCUCCCAGUGUACCUGGAGUCUGCAGUUUACUGGGUGCUGGACGACAGUCAUUACUGCGGACAGCAAAAAGCACUUCACAUACAGUAUGGAGUGGUUCUACAGUAGCUGCUCUGCACAGGGGACGGCCCCCAGAACCACCUGUUGACUGUGUCAAACCCCCAAAUAUAGUGUCAAUCAUGGGUGCUCGCCAGACAACAGGAGUGGCUCGGUUUGGCCACACCUUCCCCCCAUGCACCUAUCAGCACAUGAAGAUGCAUCGAAGGAUUUUGGGCCAUCUCUCAUCCGUGUACUGUGUGGCAUUUGACCGCACUGGACGGCGUAUUUUUACGGGCUCUGAUGACUGCCUGGUGAAGAUCUGGGCGACGGAUGAUGGGCGUCUCCUGGCCACUCUACGUGGUCACGCUGCAGAGAUUUCGGACAUGACGGUGAACUUCGAAAACACUCUACUCGCUUCUGCCAGCUGUGACAAGAUCAUCCGUGUAUGGUGCCUCCGGACCUGUGCACCUGUGGCUGUAUUACAGGGGCACACAGCCUCCAUCACCUCCAUACAGUUUUCUUCAUCAGCAUUAGGUUCCUCUCGGUAUCUGGCCACCACUGGAGCUGAUGGUAUGGUGUGUUUCUGGAAGUGGAACACACUCAGCAUGAAGUUUGAUGAAAGGCCUGUGAAGUUUAUGGAGCGUUCUCGUCCUGGAGUUCAAAUAUCCUGCUGUUCCUUCAGCUCAGGGGGGAUGUUUCUGGCUACUGGAGGAACGGAUCACAUGAUCAGAGUUUACUACCUCGGCACAGAGACACCUGUGAAGCUUUCUGACCUAGACUCCCAUACGGAUAAAGUUGUAGCUGUGCAGUUCUGCAAUCACACAGACAGUCUCAGGUUUGUGAGUGGCAGUCGGGAUGGUACGGCUCGAAUUUGGCAUUACCAGCAGCAGGAAUGGAAGAGUAUCGUGCUGGACAUGACCACCAGAUUACCAGGGAGCGCUGUGGUAUCAGGUGAUGAUAAAUCGACCAAGCUGGUGGUGACUAUGGUCAUGUGGGACCGCUGUGAUGGUUCUGUCAUCACAGCUGUUUCAAACUGCCUCCUCAAAGUCUGGAACUCGGCAAACGGCCAAUUACUACAUUUGCUGUCGGGUCAUGAUGAUGAGGUGUUUGUUUUGGAAACGCACCCCUUUGACUCACGGAUCUUGUUAUCAGCUGGUCAUGACGGUAACAUCUACAUCUGGGACCUCAGCAAAGGCCACAAGAUCAGAAACUUUUUCAACAUGAUUGAGGGGCAGGGUCAUGGUGCGGUGUUUGACUGUAAAUUUUCUGUUGAUGGGCAGCACUUCGCCUGCACAGACUCUCAUGGCCAUCUGCUCAUCUUUGGCUUUGGGUGCAGCCAACCCUAUGAAAAGAUUCCAGACCAAAUGUUCUUCCAUACAGAUUUCCGGCCAUUGAUCCGGGACUCCAAUAAUUUUGUUCUGGACGAGCAGACACAGCAGGCCCCCCAUCUCAUGCCUCCGCCAUUCCUGGUGGACGUGGAUGGGAACCCCCACCCUCCUCGUUUCCAGAGGCUGGUACCGGGCAGAGAAAACUGCAAAGAGGAGCAGCUUGUGCCACAGCUCGGCUACAUGGCUAAUGGUGACGGGGAAGUGGUCGAGCAGGUGAUUGGCCAACAGACUGCAGAGGAUUCUCAGGAAGAAAGCCCAUUGGAUGAUCUGAUCAGGCAGCUCCAGCACCAGCAAGAUGAGCGAGUCAACCCAGGAAAUCCUGCAGGUGCUGAGGUGGUAGGUGGUCCUUUGUCACCCCCUAACGUCGGGCUGCGGCGUAGCGGGCAGGUGGAGGGCGUGCGGCAGAUGCACAACAAUGCCCCGCGCAGUCAGAUUGCCACUGAGCGAGACUUGCUGGCAUGGAGCCGCCGCGUGGUGGUUAAUGAAGUCCAAUCAGGCAUUUUGAGAGUGAUGGAGGACUGCAGACUAGCUAAAGGAGAGGUGGAACGGUCUUUCUACAACAAAGACAGGAGGAGAAAACCUGCACCCACCACAACAGGAAGUGAACUGGUGAGUGAGCGUGUUCGCACGUUACGGAGGACUCAGCGUAAGUGUCAGCAGCGGAGACAUGCAUAUCAGACCCGCUCAACACAAGACAGAAGAGCGAGCACAAAUAUGCUCUCGUACACACGUGAUGAGGACAGCCUGGUCGAGUCUGACAGCGAUGCAGAGCAGGAGGAUGACCAGAAUGAGAACAGUGAUGCGUCAUCUGAUGGGGAAGCUCAGUGGGAGAAUGACAGCAGUACCAGUGACUCUUCUAGUGAGUAUUCUGAUUGGACAGCAGAUGCAGGAAUCAACCUCCAGCCUCCCAAGCGAACAACCAGAAGGCCGGCAUGCAUCGGUGGGAACAGUAGCUCAGAUGAGGAGGAUGGGGCGGGGCAGGGAGAAGGGGAGGAAGCAAGAAGUAAACGGACUGAUAAGAAAAAGAAACCUAAACAGACACAACAGAGGUCUGUGCCUGCUGGAGAGUUAGAGGAAUGGUUGCCACCUGCUUGGAUCAAGGUGACAAUUCCAAGACGAUCACCCUUUGUACCUCAAAUGGGAGAUGAGUUGAUAUACUUCUAUCAAGGCCAUCAAGCAUAUGUCCGAGCUGUGCGUCGUGCCAAAGCGUACAGCAUCAACCCUCAGAAACAGCCCUGGAACCGCCUGGACCUGAGGGAUCAGGAGUCUGUGAAGGUAGUGGGUAUUAAAUAUGAGGUCGGUCCGCCCACUCUGUGCUGCCUCAAACUGGCCUUCAUGGACCCAACCUCUGGGAAAAUGACCAAUGAAUCCUUCAGCUUGAAGUAUCAUGACAUGCCUGAUGUCAUUGACUUUCUGGUGCUACAGCAAUUUUAUAAUGAGGCCAAAGAACGCAACUGGCAGCCUGGUCAGCGUUUCAGGAGCAUCAUCGAUGAUGCCUGGUGGUUUGGUUUAGUGGAGAGUCAACAACCAUUUCAGCCUGAAUAUCCAGACAGCCUUUUCCAGUGCUAUGCUGUCAGGUGGGAUAACGGAGAGAGAGAGAAGAUGAGUCCAUGGGAUAUGGAGCCUAUACAUGAAGAAGCUCUAGUCCCAGAGGAAGUUGGGGACAGUGUUCCGGUAACAGAGGAUGAGCUUCAGUCCCUGUUGUACACCCCACAGCAGGGAGAGUGGGGGGAACACACACAAGAUGACGAGUCUGAGAGAGUCAUCACCGCCAUAGAUCAGCUACUAACACUCGAUGUGGCAAAGGCGUUCUCCUGUCCUGUAGAUCUGAGAGCAUAUCCGCUAUACUGCACAGUUGUGGCCUAUCCCACUGACCUUGGUACUAUCAGAACACGAUUAGUGCACCGCUUCUACAGGCGGAUCUCAGCACUCAUGUGGGAGGUCCGUUACAUCGAACACAACGCUCGAACUUUUAACGAGCCACAGAGCCCCAUCGUCACAGCAGCCAAAACAGUCACCGACAUCCUACUGCGUUUCAUUAGGGAUCAGAGCUGUACUGAUAUCUUGGAUCUGUACAAUAAGAUGAAGACAGAAUUCAGCAGUGCAGCAGAGGAAGAGGAGAUGGUGGAUGUGGACUCAGACACUCCUGGGACCUCCACUGGUCAGAGGAGGUCCAAUAAUGUGCCACAGAAGCGGGGUGUGUUGCUGGAUAUUAAUGCAUGGCACGGAAAAUGCAAGGAGCUUGCAAGGAGAAUGAUGGCAAGCCCAGACUCUGAGCCGUUCCGUCAACCUGUCGACCUCUUCGUAUAUCCGGAUUAUCGGGACAUUAUAGACACUCCGAUGGAUUUGGGAACAGUCUCUGAGACUUUGCUGGGUGGGAACUACGAGAAUCCCAUGGAGUUUACCAAAGAUGUGCGGCUUAUCUUCAGUAAUUCCAGGGCUUACACGCCCAACAAAAAGUCUCGAAUCUACAGUAUGACUCUGAGUCUGUCUGCAUUCUUUGAGCAUCAGAUCAUUAACAUAAUCUCAGAUUAUAAAUCUGCUGUCCAGAAUCAGCGCAGGAGUCAACAGAGACUCAGUUACAGCAAGAGGUUACAGAGCUCAUUUCCCAACAGCCCCAAAGGGAAACAAAAAUCGGAGAAGAAAACCUCCCAAACGCCUUCAAAGGCUCGCUCACGGAAAACCUCUCAAGAUCUUACUGGUGCAAUUGAUGAAGAUGAUCAGCAUUCCUCUUCAUCCUCUUCCUCCUCUACCUCAUCCUCUUCAUCAGUGCAACUACGGGCCAACAGAGUUACACGCAGCCGAGCUUCACCUAGAAAAUCCUUAGAUGCCAAAGGCCUACUGCCAAAUGGGGGUCGAAGGUCACACAGACAAGCGGCAGUAACAGAAGCGGGAGAGGUCUCUGAAUCAGAGAGUUCCAGUUCAUCAUCAUCCUCGUCAUCCUUGUCUUCCUCCACAUCAUCGUCUUCGUCCGAGAGCGAGGACAGCAGGGCUGAAAUUGCUGGCUUUGCAGAUGGCGGUGAUCACGACUACAGCAAAGGCCCUCAACACAAACAGAAGGGCAAAGCGGCAGUCGUCUCUUUUGACAACACAAAACGAAAGAGGAAAGGAGAGGAACAAACAACAGAACCUAUGAAACGAGCACGGACAGUGGAUGUACAAGCAGAGGAGCCUGAGGAGGAAGAGGAGGAGCCUGAGGAGGAAGAGGAGGAGCCUGAGGAGGAAGAGGAGGAGCCUGAGGAAGAGGAGGAAGAAGAGGAGCCUGAGGAAGAGGAGGACGAGGAGGUCGAGGAGGUCAUUCCAACAACAAACACUGGAAGUCAGAGGUCAAAUCAAAGAACUGCAAAGUCAGGGCGUGUUAAUACUCGUAAUCAAGGUCGACGGACUGUUCUGUACAACGAUGACUCCGAAGAGGAGGGGCCAACGACAGACCCGCUGAAUCUGGGAAUGUCGCGCUCUGGAAGAGUCCGUCGAAUGACAGAAAGAGCUCGAGUUAGCCAUCUUAUGGGCUGGUCACACUGACUUAAAGCGUUGACGUUUUAUGACUCGAACGCAGACUCACUACAGCGAUACUGCAGGGAUGUUGUUUUAAGAACUGUCUUUUUGUGACUUGUUUUUUU